AAAAAUCUCCAAUAUUUGUAUAUUAAGGUAGUAGUAAAGGAAGAACAAAUACCAGUAGUUAGAUUUGGCGGUGCAAGUUGAAAGUCAAGAUUCAUACGACCAAUUUGACAACUGCCCUUUCUCAAUCGCAAUCUCUCUUUCUUUAAUCUUGUUCUAUGAUUCUAUGAUUCAUUAUUAACAAUCCAAAAAUGGUGCUAUUUUUAAUCAUGGCAAUGAUAUGAAAUUCAACUACAACACGUUUUUCCACAACUCUUUUUUUCUCUGUCUUUCCUCGUUCUUCUCUGUAGAUUUAGAUGGAUUUGCUCUCGGUUUCUUCGAUCUUUCUACUCUUACUUUCUUCAUUUACAUUUGUUCAUUCUUCUCCUGAUGAAUCAGAUCGUAAUUCUACCAUUACGCCCAUUAAUCGCGAUCUCUAUCAUUCCAGUGCCAAUUUGAUGGCAGAAAUUGAAGCAUUGGUACAUCGACAUCAAAACAAGCUUAGUUUAGAAACAAUUGAAUCUGAAAACAAAGGUUAUCAAGCACAGGUUGCUGUUGUCACUUAUUGCAAGGAUAGAAAGGAAGAUGACAAAUCAAAGUUUAGAAUCCUUCUUACUUUCGGGCAGCAUGGACGGGAGCUCAUUACUUCUGAGCUUGCGCUGCGUAUACUUUCUAUUUUGAGUGAGGAAGAAUUUUUGCCUAAAAUGGACCGGAAGUCUUUGAACAGCACACUUGACAAGCUAAUCAUCAAGGUAGUGCCGAUGGAGAACCUAAAUGGUCGAAAACUUGUGGAAGCUGGAGAUCUUUGUGAAAGGAGAAAUGGAAGGGGAGUUGAUCUCAACCGUAACUGGAGUGUAGAUUGGGGGAAAAAAGAGAAGGAUUAUGAUCCUUAUGAAGAAUUUCCUGGAAGUGCUCCUUUCAGCGAGCCAGAGAGUCAAAUUAUGCGGAAACUUGCCUUAUCAUUUGAGCCACAUUUAUGGGUUAAUGUGCAUUCUGGAAUGGAGGCUCUAUUCAUGCCAUACGACCACAGAAAUACAACCCCUGAUGGUGCAUCUUCGGUUAAAAUGAAAGCAUUGGUCAAUGAUCUAAAUUACCGGCACUUUGAAGGUCACUGCUUGACUGGUUCUGGGGGAGGCUCGGUGGGGUAUUUAGCUCAUGGAACUGCAACGGACUAUAUCUAUGAGAUUGCAAAAGUUCCCUUGGCUUUUACUUUCGAGAUCUACGGAGAUGAAUCAGUUUCAUCAAAAGACUGUUUCAAAAUGUUUAACCCUACAGAUCAAACCACCUUCAAGAGAGUUCUAAACGACUGGUCGGCUGCAUUCUUGACAAUUUUCAAGUUCGGGCCACAAUUGCUUGGUGUGGCGAACACGGAAGAAUCAGUUAAGUGGAUAUCAAUCGAUGACUAUUUAGAUGGAUACUUGAUGAGUAGACGGAAUCGUUACGGAAAGAAAAUGGAGGUGUUUGAGCUUGGGUUGCAGGAGAUACGAUCAUAUUUCCGACUUUUUAUGUUAUCUUGUGUGAUUUUGAUGUUUAUGUUUUGUACUAGAAUUUCAAAAGGCAAGCUUCAAAGGCCUAUUGAUUCUACCUUGCCUCCCUAAUGCUUGCAUUUUGGAUUAAAUUUGGGGCAUUUAGUAAAAUUUUGUUUGUACUACAUUAUAAUCCCAUUGAUUAUGUAUUCUUUUUCAUGUGUUACAGAGUUGAAACUUGAAAUCAUUCAAUCUUAGUUCAUCCUCAGCCCAGAAGAGAAGGUUUUCUGACAUUCUGGAUGGAUCAUCUUCAAAGAAGCUCAAAUUUUUGAAACUUAAGACUAAUCAUCUUAUUAUUAAUGUAAGCAACAGAUUUGAAACAUGAGUUAAAGUUUUCUUUCAAUUUAGUACUCCAUUAAAAAUAAAAUUAAGUGU